AUGGCCGUCAAAUCCUCCAGAAUCAAAAAGACAGAGUCGUGGCCAAUUCCACGCCGUGGUAUUCAAAUCCUCCCGGAGGAGAGAGAGCCCAAGGUAGUAGCUGGCAAAUCAAGCACAGCUGAAGUGGAGUCCACCGUUGGACGAAAGAAGAACAAAAGACCAAGCCCCCAAAUGACAGAGGCCGAAAAAAGUGGAAAGGGUUCAGCUGUCCACGGGAGGCAAAUGGCGAUCCGGAUGAUGCGGACAUCCAGGCUUCUAGGCUUCUUUUGUCACUGCCAGGAACCCACUGGCCCUACCCACAAGGUUGGCGGCUAUGCAGGUGAUCAGACCCGGUUUUCUUAG